GCUGUAUACCUGACCUGAGUAACCAACAAAACAGAAAACAUGAACGGUUUGAUUGCAAUCACCUUCGCCUUUUUGGCCGUCUCUGCAUCCGCCACUCCUUCAGGUCAUGGCCUUCUCUGGGGAGGCGUCAACCCCCACGCCCUUAGCCCAGUUGGACCUUCUGGAAUCGUGACCGGACACGGAGUUUCUGGACCAUCCGGCGUGGUGACCGGAGCUGGUGCCGCUGGACCUUCUGGAAUCGUCACCGGUGCAGGACCCAUCGGACCCACUGGACCAGCUGGACACGGUGUUGUAGGUGCCGCUCCUCUGAUUGCUCAUGCUGCUCCUUGGGCCGCUGCCGCUCCUUGGGCUGCUGCUGUUCCAGUAGCAGCUCUCGGACAUGGCGCAUGGGGUCUUGGUGGUCAUGGAAUCGCUUUGGGUGCUCAUGGUUGGUGAAUGAUUCCGAACAAAGAAUUUUUGUACAGCAUUUUAAUUUAAAUAUAUUAAAAUUUGUUGUA